CUGGCGCUGUGCAAACAUCAGCGUCACUUUCCACCCGACUCCGGACAACUCCAGACAACACCAAGAUGCGUUCCCAACUAGCGCUGCUGCUGCUCGGCUGCAGCCUGGCGCUGGCUCAAUACAACUACGAUGCGCCCAAGGAUCAGCUGAGGACUGUGAAUGAACGCUUCGAGGAUGUCGUCGAUCUUGUGGCUCACCAGAACGAACUCAACGAGGGCAGAGCACGUAAAGGAGCUCGCAAUCAAUGCACAACCAAAGCCAACUGCUUCUGCGGCUUGCCCAACGUCAAUCGCAUUGUGGGUGGCCAGCAGGUGCGCACCAACAAGUAUCCUUGGACCGCGCAGCUGGUGAAGGGUCGCUACUAUCCGCGUCUCUUCUGCGGCGGUUCGCUGAUCAACGAUCGCUACGUUCUGACCGCCGCUCAUUGUGUGCACGGCAACAGGGAUCAAAUCAGCAUUCGCCUGCUGCAGCUGGACAGAUCCUCUCAGGAUCCUGGCAUUGUGCGUAAGGUGAUCAAGACCACAGUCCAUCCCAACUACGAUCCCACACGCAUUGUCAACGAUGUGGCGCUCCUGAAGCUCGACUCUGUUGUGCCUUUGGGUGCCAACAUGCGUCCCGUUUGCCUGCCCGAUGUCAACCACAACUUUGAUGGCAAGACGGCCACCGUUGCGGGCUGGGGUCUGAUCAAGGAGGGCGGCACCACCAGCAACUAUCUGCAGGAGGUCGAAGUGCCCAUCAUCACGAACCAACAGUGCAGGACGACGCGCUACAAGGAGAAGAUCUCCGAUGUCAUGCUCUGCGCUGGCCUGGUCAAGUCCGGUGGCAAGGAUGCCUGCCAGGGCGACAGUGGCGGUCCUCUGAUUGUCAACGAGGGUCGCUACAAGCUCGCUGGUGUGGUGUCCUUCGGUUACGGCUGUGCCCAGGCCAAUGCGCCUGGUGUCUAUGCCAGAGUGAGCAAGUUCAUCGACUGGAUCAAGAAGAACACUGCCGAUGGCUGCUAUUGCCAGAGCUAGAGUUGAAUAUGGAAUACCGAAUACCGAAUACGAUAGUUUCACUUGCAUUAAUCCCAUUCUAAAUUAUUCUAAAUUAUUCAACAUGCUGCUCAUCCAAUAAAUAAUUCACCAUAAAA